CGAGUCCGGAAGAAGGUCAGGGCUGAGGUGCUGGGACCUGGCUGGAGAUGGAGUUUGACUGCGAGAGUAUCAGACGGCUGCUUGGCAAGAGAACAUGAAAUUAAAAGACCCAUUCUAUCAAGUUUUAAUGUGGGGAAGAGGAUGGAUUAUCCAAUGAGAAAAAUUGCUGAAGUCGCGAGUAGGAAAAGAAGUACAACCUAAUUUUGGUGUAACUGGAAUGAAGGGGGAAAAAGCAAGACAAAUAGUUUCUCAAGAGUGAGAGGAAAAUAGUAGAGGAAUUUUUUCUCAUUGUCAGUGCAUAGCAUAGAAUCUGGCACAAAGGUGCUUAAUAAAUAUUCGCAACAUGUAUAAAUGAAAGAAACCAGCAAAUAUUUCUGAGGUUCUUUGGUCCUUGUACUAGGCAAAUAAUAGAAUAGCUUAAUUUUUAGAAAUAUUUUUCAUGCCGAAAAAUCUUUGGAGAAGUGAAUAGGACAUUGAAAAAUCAAGCAACUAUAUGGAUACAAAUUCAGGGAUCUGACUGUGGAAGAACUAAAGAAUGUAAAUAUACUUUUCCCGCAUUUUAGAUAUUCCAUGGACACCUACGUUUUUAAAGAUAGUUCCCAGAAAGACCUGCUGAAUUUUACUGGCACUAUUCCUGUGAUGUAUCAGGGUAACACGUAUAACAUACCAAUUUGUUUCUGGAUUUUGGAUUCUCACCCUUUUGCUCCCCCCAUUUGCUUCUUGAAGCCAACUGCAAACAUGGGAAUCUUAGUUGGAAAACAUGUGGAUGCUCAAGGCAGAAUAUACUUGCCCUAUCUCCAAAACUGGAGCCAUCCCAAGUCUGUCAUUGUUGGAUUAAUUAAAGAAAUGAUUGCCAAGUUUCAGGAAGAAUUUCCUGUCUAUUCUCGCUCAUCAUCUGAUGAGGCACGGCAGGUAGACUUGCUAGCCUACAUUGCAAAAAUCACUGAAGGUGUCUCUGACAUAGAUACAAAGAGCUGGGCAAAUCAUGAGACUAGAACAGUGAAUAAAAUUACCGUGGUUGGAGGUGGAGAAUUGAGUAUUGCCUGCACAUUAGCAAUUUCAGCAAAGGGCAUAGCAGACAAGCUGGUCCUCUUAGACCUUUCAGAAGGGACUAAAGGAGGGUCAAUGGACCUUGACAUCUUCAACCUGCCUAAUGUGGAAAUCAGCAAAGAUUUGUCUGCCUCUGCUCAUUCCAAGGUGGUGAUUUUCACAGUCAACUCUUUGGGUAGUUCUCAGUCCUACCUAGAUGUGGUACAGAGCAAUGUGGAUAUGUUCAGAGCCCUUGUCCCAGUUCUGGGACAUUAUAGUCAACAGAGUGUCCUGCUUGUUGCAUCUCAACCAGUGGAAAUCAUGACCUAUGUGACAUGGAAACUGAGUGCAUUGCCUGUAAAUCAAGUGGUUGGAAUUGGAUGCAAUCUGGAUUCACAGAGAUUACAAUAUAUUAUUACAAAGGUUUUGAAGGCACAGACUUCAGGCAAGGAAGUAUGGGUUAUUGGUGAGCAGGGAGAAGACAAAGUGCCCACAUGGAGUAGCCAAGAAGAAGUAAUGAGUCCUAACUCUCAGGUGCAGCUAUUGAACAGAGCCAUGGAACUGUUAAGCACAAAAGGUCAAAGAUCCUGGUCUGUUGGACUAUCAGUAGCUGACCUGGUUGACAGUAUUGUAAACAAUAAGAAGAAAGUGCAUUCUGUAUCAAUUUUAGCAAAGGGAUAUUAUGGUAUAAAUAGUGAAGUGUUUCUAAGUUUGCCUUGUGUCCUUGGAACCAAUGGGGUAUCUGAAGUCAUCAAAACCAUAGUGAAAGAAGAUACAGUGACAGAGAAACUCCAAAACAGUGCAUCCUCAAUCCACGGUCUUCAACAACAGUUAAAACUUUGAUUCUUAAGUGCAGUUGCCUGAAAGGAAAGCUCAUUUAAUUUUGCCAACAUAUAUAGGUUUGAGAACUUUUAUAUCUUAUUACUUAUCCUUACAAACUGCUUGGUUAAAUUAGAUGGUUUCUUGGCUAGCUUGGUGAUCUAAAUCCUUAAUGGUAAAAUGAGGAGAAAAAAAUCUAACUUUCUUUGGGGUUCUUGAGAUAGCUAUACUUACUGUUCUUUAAACCUACAGCAGGGUAAACAUUAAUCUGCAGUGUGCAUCAUUUUAAAUUGUAUAUCCUAAUUAGCCAGGCAAAUGCUUGUAUUCCCAGGUACUUGGGAGGCUGAGAUGGGAGGAUGUCUUGAGCCCAAGAGUUGGGUACAGUGAGAUACCAUGAUGCCACAACACUCCCCCUGGGUACAAUAGUGUGAGACCCUGUCUCUUAAAAACAAACAAACAAACAAACAAAAAAAAAAAAACCCUGUGUAUCCUAACCUAAAAGCAUAUUCAGCACUUUGGGAAUAUUUUGAAAGUAAUACAUCUUUUUAAAAAAGGUACUCUUUGACUCUUACAAUAAACACAGUAAUCUGAAGGCCCAGUAUGGAUUUACAAAAUCUGUGGUAGGUGUGCACUCAAAGAUCUAAGCUUUUAAAGUAUUAGUGUUUCUUUUGAAAAAAUAUUUGGCAAUAAUGGUAAAGCAUUUUCUUUCUUCAAAUUCAUUAGCUACCAAAAAAUGGAGAAUUUUACCUACACUUUAAAAUAGUAAAAAAGGAAAGACUUUUUAAAAUAUAUGGAGAAAAAGUAUACUUUAAUUUCCUGUGAGACUUCUCUGAAAUUUUCUGUAAUCUUUCCCUAGGCUAUAUAAGAAUCAGUAACAUCUCUGGCGGUGCCGGUGGCUCAAGGGGUAGGGUGCCGGUCCCAUAUGCCGGAGGUGGUGGGUUCAAACCCAGCCCUGGCCAAAAAAAAAAAAAAAGAAUCUGUAACAUCUUAUAAACUAUUAGUAGAACCAUAGAGAAAUUGUUUAUUUUUAGUGAAAACAGAGUAUGAAUGAAAGCCAGGCAGUUUGCUUUAAAGCCAAAUAUGAGGCUUUUGUGAACACCAUUGGUCUCAAGGAGAAGAGGUUGGAUGAAGUGAUGGUUCUUAGCAAAUCCUUUAACCUUCCCUAAAGAAAUUCAGAGUGCAUACACUUUGGUGAUGGGUCAAGAGCAAUAUUUUAAUAUAUGAAAGAUAGUUUGUGUCACAUAGCAGUAAUAAGCUAAUAGUAACAGCUAACAUCAAUACUUAUUAUACACAAGGCAGUGUGAAGAGCACUUUAUUAUUUUAUUGAAUACUCACAAUAACCCACAGAGGUAAGAAGUAUUAUCAUCAUAAUUUUAUAUUAUUACCAUUAUCUUAUAAAAGGAGAUUUAGUGCCCAAGAACCCAUGGCUAUUAAGGUGCACUUAUACUUACAACUUCUAGUUUUUCUAGGCACUAAAAGGGAAAAAAGGCUUAACAGCCAAAAUAGUUAUCACAAGACCCUAAAGUUGGGGUCCUAUGUGUUAUGAAAGAAUUACUUCCAUUCUCAUAUAGAGGUUUUUUUUUUUUUUUGUAGAGACAGAGUCUCACUUUAUGGCCCUCGGUAGAGUGCCGUGGCCUCACACAGCUCACAGCAACCUCCAACUCCUGGGCUUAAGCGAUUCUCUUGCCUCAGCCUCCCAAGUAGCUGGGACUGCAGGCGCCCGCCACAAUGCCCGGCUAUUUUUUGGUUUUUGCAGUUUGGCCGGGGCCAGGUUUUAACCCACCACCCUCGGUAUAUGGGGCCGGCGCCUUACCGACUGAGCCACAGGCGCCGCCCAAGGCUUUUUUUUAAAACAGUUUUUCUUAGAAAGAUUGAGUCUCUGGAUUCCAAGACUUGUCCUCAGCAAAUUGCAGAGGGGAUAUGCACGGAGGUGGGUGUUCAUUUAGUCAUUCAGCUAGUAUUUUUUUUUUUAUUGUUGGGGAUUCAUUGAGGGUACAAUAAGCCAGGUUACACUGAUUGCAAUUGUUAGGUAAAGUCCCUCUUGCAAUCAUGUCUUGCCCCCAUAAAGUGUGACACACACCAUUCAGCUAGUAUUUGUUAGGAGCUUACUGUACACCAUGCAUUAAUGAACAAGUGUAGAGUAGAUACAAGCUCUCUUUGUCCUUACAAUAUAGUAUGGGAGAUAUAGGAAUCAAAUCUCACAAAUAAAUUUACCAUUACAAGUGUAAUAAAUACUGUAUAAAUACUGUGAAGAAGUCCAAGAUUCUUUUUUUUUUUUUUUUUUUUUGGUGACAGAGUCUCACCUUUGAUAGAGUGUGUGGUGUCAUAGCUCACAGCAACCUCAAACUCUUGGGCUCUUGGAUCACUUGAGCCCAAGAGUUUGAUGUUGCUGUGAGCUCUUUAACAGCAUAGCACUCAACCCUAGGGCAACUGAGAAAAAGAAAAAGAAUUACAAAGAAUUCACUACAUUAAUUAUAAAAGGAAUGUGUCAAUUUAACAAACACUUUUUUGGGCAACCUACUGUUAUUACAUACUGUGUUUUAGUAUCUGAGUUUUCAAAGAUGAAUAAUUAUCCUUGCCCUUGAGAAGGCCACAAUAUAGAAUUCUCUAUGUCAGAUAUUUUCCUUGAUUGUUAAGUAUUAUGAUAGCAAUCAUGUUAUAAGUCUCAUGUAUAAGUUAAGAAGCACCACCACCACCUCACUAGGAUUUGGUGACAAUUUGACAUUCACAAUGCUUCUAUUAACUUGCACAUUUUCAUUUUUUCAACAUCGUGCAGUGCCUUUUCUUACUAUAAUUUUUUAGUGGGGAUUGGAUUAAAAUGCAUUCUUGAUAUUACGGCAGAAGUUAAAUUUUUAUUUUCCAAUUUACAUUGUUUUCCUUAAA